AUGCCUGGUCGCCCCAUAGUCAGCGCAAUUGGACACCCCACGGAGAAAAUUUCUGAAUUCAUUGAUUUACAUCUCCGUCCACACAUAGAAAGUUUGCCAUCCUAUCUUAAGGACACCACGGACUACAUUAACAAGACGCCCUCUACUGGCCUCCCAGAUCAUACCCUCCUCGUGACUAUGGACGUCACAUCUUUGUACACCAAUAUUCCGCACGAUGAGGGUAUCGAAGCCUGUAGAGAAGUCUGGGAUAGUAGAUCCAUACUAGUUCCUUCUACCGAGUCCUUUGCUAAGCUCCUUGAACAUGUUCUCAAGAAUACAGCCCUACAACAUAUGUCCGAGUCAGUGUUCGUGGAACUGUGUGAUAAACUUGGGACGUCACAACAGGUGGCCAUUAGGAGAGAUGUGGUGGACAUCAGUGAGGUGGUGGAAAAUCAAGUGACAACAAUUGACCAGGUCAGUAGGAUGAUAAGUGGAAGUCAAAGAGAAGGAUUCAGACUAGAAGGAUCAGACAUAGACGUUAUGUACUGGCCUAAUAAUCACCGUGUGAUCUGGAACUUAUCUCAGUCUCAGUAUUACAACACACACAGACAAACAAUGAUCUUCUGUGACUGUUCUGAUAGUCCACCGGGAUUUACUUUAUUAUAUUUAUUGUCACCAGGAAGGUACAAAGAAAUCCAGAGAGCUUGUUUUAGAAUGAACAACAUUAAUUAUAUCUCCAGCUCAGAAUACACAAAAUCUCUGUGUUCUGGAGGUUUACCUGACGCCAUUCUACAUGGACCCUGUGUCAGUGGGCUUUAUUUUGGGCGAAAAGAAUAUGAUCAUGCCCACUGUUUUGCUUGUGACUUUUGGCCUCCGUCUGCCUCCUCAUGGACAGACAGAUGUCAAUCAUGGCCCCAGCCUGGUAUUGUUGAUAAUAUUAUGCAAAAUGGAUGUCACCUUGUAGCAAUAGGACAUACACAAGGGCAUCAUGUGCACAAUGAAUGGAGAAUUUCUUUCUCUCUUGCAGAACACAAACUUGUGUGUGCUAUGAGCCACUGUCAAUUCUUAACUUAUGGAUUGCUUAAGUUAUUCUUAGUAGAAAUAUUAAACCAUGGAUUAAGUAAUGAUGAUAAAUUGCUAUGUUCUUAUCACAUGAAGACAGCUGUUUUCUGGGUGAUUCAACAGAAUACAUUACAACGUUGGUGUCCACAAAAUCUCCUGGAGUGUUUCUGGAUUUGUUUCAAACUAGUCCUUAAGUGGGUGUAUGAGGGAGCCUGUCCUAACCUUUUCAUUCCCCAAAAUAACAUGUUUCUGAGUAAAGUCCAUGGUGAAGCACAGCAUCAGCUAUUUAUAAGACUGUAUGGGUUGUAUGAGAAGGGUUUAGAAUUCCUGCUUCAGAGUCCCUCCAUCAGGUCUUGUAUUCUAAAUGUUCUUCACGACCCGCAUCUCUCUAUCUGUACAGAUGAACAUACUCUGAUUUCUGAGGUUGAAUUUGAUGUUGAGCUGUUUCAAGAGAUACGCAGACACGACACACUUCCCACACCAAACCUAGAAACCUGUAUUAGAUAUAUACAUACAAUAGAACAGAUGAUAGAUUUACCCCUCCUGACUCAGUAUCAAGUCGUGAUGCUACAGAGACUUACAGCGACUGUCCUUCAGAACACAGCUUUUAUAUUACACAUGGUAGCUUACACAAAGGAAAACAAAAUGAGAUAUAGAGCUGACAAAAUCUCCUGUCACAUGCUGAAAUUAACAGCCAAGUUUGGUUGUAUAAUUGACAUGAUGUACAUAGCUAUGUAUUAUUACAAGACGCUUAGAUAUACAGAGGCUUUAUCUAUUAUAGAGAUGAUCAAGAACAAGUUAGCACAGCCAUAUGUGAUGUAUGACUAUGUAGAUAGAGCGAUGUAUACUGAGGCUGUAGGGGGACAGUCCUGGUCUACAAAGAUGAGACAGGCUGUAGCAUGGAUUAUCCUGCUUUACAAUAAAACCCAUUACAUCAAUGAGUUAUUACCAGAACAACAGUCUGCUCUACAGAAAAUUAAGGGUUAUACUUCAUUACAUGUCCCACCCCUUGUACUGUUACACAUGCUAGAAAUCCUGUGCUACAGACAUGUAGACACAAUGAGAGCACAAACAGCUCUAGAUGAUCUUCAGACCCUAGUUCACUAUGAUCAAGGACCGUAUACACCUUUACAUUUCAGAGACAUAUCAUGGCAGAUUCUGAGAAUCUGUCAACAGGUGACAGGGAAUCCCCAGGCUGCUCUAUACUCAUACCAACAAUCUCUCAGACAAGAACCAUUUAACGAUAUACACACAGCCACAAAAAUGAGAAUACGGGGAACUUGUCAUUAAGAUAACUAAUU